UCUCCUCUCCUUUUUAUGUAAUUUUUUUUCAUUAUUUUUUUCCGUGGAUUCCCAUGGCGGCCACAGUGAAGUCUCGGCCGCCGCCGCAGCCGCCGCAUGUCCGCCGCCGCCGCUCCUCCUCUUCGGCGGCGGCGGCGGUGGCUUCGGCGUGCUUUACGUCGUCGCUGGGCUCCGCUCCUCGGGUGUCGCUGCUUGCUCUGUGCAGCCUCUUGGUCGCUGCCUUGUGCGUCUCGGCGGCGGAGGAGGGUGCUGGGGGAGGGAGUGAUGGCGACUUGGGCUGUCUCGGCUUCCGGGACGGCUGCGCAGACCGGAGCGCCCUGUGCUUCUCUUCCUCGGCGGUUGAGGCCAUGCUUGCAAGCGGGGAUGGAAUCAAGGAGCCGGAUUUGGUGGUGUCGAGGGACUGGGGACCGUCGUCGCAGCCGCUGGGCUUCCCGAUGCCCGGCCGCGGCGUGGUGACCUGCUCGUCGGCCGACGCGCUGAUCACUUCGCGGAACGGGCUGGGACGGGAGGGCAAGGAUGGUGAGAGGUAUAAUGUGGCGUCGUGCCAGGCGCCCCUUGUGCCUGACAAUUGGAUGCGGGCAAUGGCCGGUGCGCCGCCGGAGGUGGAUGGCGUGGCUGGGGAUGCCGGCCCGGAUGGCCUCUAUGGUUCGUCGUCGAUGAAUGUUGAGAUAAGUCCACCAGUGUUGAAUUGGGGAAAGAGUAACUUGUAUUCGGCUUCAAUGGCCACCUUGACAGUGGUGAAUUUGAACAAUGACAGUGCCUUGCAUGUGUAUGAGCCAUUCAGCACUGACUCGCAGUUUUAUGUGUACGGCUAUGAUGAUCUGGUGCUGCAGCCCAGAGAGAAUGCAUCAAUCACCUUCAUAUUCUUACCGAAGUUGCUGGGCUCUUCAUCAGCGCAUUUGGUUUUGCAGACGAAUUUUGGUGGGUUCAUUAUACAAGCUAAGGGCAUGGCUAUCGGAUCGCCUUAUCAGUUAGAGCCACUAACCGGGAUGAAUGUCAUAAUAGGUGGGCGCCUGGAGAGGAACCUGUCGAUAUUCAAUCCUUUUGAUGAUUCUUUCUAUGUUGAGGAAGUGGCUAUUUGGAUGUCUUCGUUUCAAGGCACAAAACAAUCUUCUCAUAUAGUUUGUCAGUUAGACCCUUCUGAGGAGUCAUUGGAGUUUACUUCUUUGAGUAGUAACUGGUACACAGCAAGUAGUACAGAUUUCGGAUUGCCAAUGGUCAAUAUCAGGCCUAGUGACAAAUGGGAGGUGCUUCCCACAGAAAGCAGCACUGUUGUAGAGUUAAAAUUGCAACCUCUUUCAGAAGGAAUGGUGUUUGGUGCUAUCAGCAUGAAGUUGCGCAAUUGCACAUCUAAUAGAGUGGACACUGUUGUUAUACCUAUCGAGUUAGAGGUGCGUGCACGGACCUACUAUGAGCCCACUAACUUAGUUUCGGUCACAUUUGAGCAUGUAUCAUCUUGUGCUGGAAUUGGAUCAAUUUUCUCCCUUUCUUUAAGGAAUGAGGGAACAAAGUUACUGAGAAUUGUAAGAGUAAUUGAAGAUAAUAGGGAUGGAUCAAUGAAUUUUGAGGUUAAGUACCUGAAUGGACUAAUACUCUUUCCUGAUACUGUAACAGAUGUAGCUCUUGUAAGAUAUACUUCUUCAGUUCCAAUGGACAGCUCAUUUGACAACUGCAACAUAGUGGUAGAAACGAACAGUUCUGUUGGUAGUUCAAUCCUGAUACCCUGCCAAGAUAUGAUAUCUGCAACUCUGUCUUAUACGGCUAGCGCUGUUACUAAAUCUGAUGGACCAUUUUCUGAAGACGGGUUAUCUGCUAACUCAAGGACAGGAUCUUUGGGCAGCAUUGUAGAAGUAGACGGCCUGCAUUACAUGAAGCCAACAAUUACAAGAGCAUUUAAAGCUGAUGAUACAGUACUUAGAAGAUGGAGGUCUCAUGGUACAAGGACUGAAAUUUCUGUUCUCACAGAUCAAGAACUGCUGUUUCCUAUUGUCCAAGUUGGAUCACAAUAUUCUAAAUGGAUAGCCGUCCAUAACCCAAGCCUGGAGCAUGCAUCCAUGCAACUGGUUCUAAAUUCUGAGGAAAUUAUUGGUCACUGCAAAACCAUAAACGAUGCAUGUGAACACACAUUCUCAAGCAGGUCCCCUGAAGUUGACUCUACAGAGACUAGAUUUGGCUUCUCAUUAAGUGAUGCAACAAUUACUGAGGCUAAUGUUGGUCCUUUGGAGAGGGCUUUACUUGGUCCUAUCAUCUUCCGUCCAUCAAACUGUUGCAUGUGGUCAAGCAUGGUGUUGAUCAGAAGCAAUAUUUCAGGCAUGGAGUGGCUGCCUCUUGAAGCACAUGGUGGACGUCAAUCUAUUGUCCUUCUGGAGGAAUCUGAACCUGUUUGGAAGCUAGAGUUUAACCUCGAUUCCAAUGUUCAGAAUAAAUCAACAGUGUCGAAAGCAGAGAUCGCCAGCCCUUUCUGCAGUCAACAUUUGUCCAAAGAAAUAAGUGUCAAAAAUAGCGGUGACCUGCCUCUUCAAGUGACAAAAGUUAAAAUUUCUGGAGCUGAUUGCGGCGUGGAUGGAUUUAUGGUAGAUAACUGCAAGGGAUUUAGCUUAGCACCAAGUGAAUCAAUAAGAAUGCUUGUUUCUUUUAAAGCUGACUUCUCUUCACCUAUGGUUCAGAGAGAUCUUGAGUUGGCUAUGACUACUGGGAUCUUCAUAAUCCCUAUGACUGCAAACAUUCCUGUUUGCAUGCUUAACCAGUGCAGAAAGUCUUACCUCAGAUCGAUCCAUUGGAAAACAUUGAUACUCUUUUUUGGAACCAUGUCUGUGUUUGUACUAGUGUUUGCCCGAGGUGUCCCAACCUCUUUGUCAGGAGGCUCUCAAGAUUGCUAUAUCAAGAUUCAUGAUGGGAAAAGUACCAUCGACAAGCCUGCUAAGCCCUCUUUCCUUCAGCGUAGCAGCAAAGCUUCCAGGUCAACAAGGGAGCACAAAAGAGACAAAGAAACUCAUAAAUACCCUGCCGAUAUUCAUAAUAGCCCCAAGAGGACAGAAGAAAAGAACAAUGCAGAUGAACUGAAUACAACUUCAACUAUACCUCUGCCCCCAAGUAAUACUGUGGAAGACAAGGUAUCAAUUGAAGCUCGAGAAAACAGUGGAAAUCUAACCAUCAGAGUUGCUCGAGACAAAGGAAAGAGAAGAAAGCGGAAAGUCGGUGGUGCAGGACUGGCAGCAAAGUUUGAGGUUUCCAGCAGCCACAGUGGGAAUUCGACACCGUCUUCGCCAUUGUCACCUAGUUCAACCCCAAAGCAAGGCUGGUCCUUUUCUGGCACACCAUCAGAACUGAAGCACAACAGUAGACUUGAGGCCACAUCUGAUAUUGAGGCAAGGCCACCAUCUACUAAGAAUAACCAUGAGAAGACUUCUUGGUUGCAAACUGCUAAAGAGCAACCUUCUGCACAACCUUCAGUAACAUCAGUAAAUCCAUCACCUUCACCUUCACCUUCAGCCACUGCGCCGAUGAAAGCAUGGCGCUCGCCAUUGCCGUCCUCAUCGACCCCUAUCGCGCCGCAUUCUCGUGCUCCUGGCUCCAACCUGAUGAAAGACAAGGCCGUGAAGAGAACCGACGGCGCGGCCGCAGCAACGAAGAAGAAAGAUUUCACGUACGACAUCUGGGGAGACCAUUUCUCCGGGCAUCUGCUGGGGAGAGCAAAGGAGGUGGCGCCAUGCUACAAGAUGUUUGCUGCUUCUGAAGGCGCCUCCAAUAGCUUCUUCGCGAGGGAGCCCCAGGCCCUGGUGACGAAGCCAUCGUCUUCACCGCCGGCGUCCCGCGGCCGCGGGUCGCUGCCGUCUGAUGUAGCAUCUGGUUAUGGAAUAAAUUAAGAAAUUUCAAACA